AUGGCGACCUCUCCGCCAGCGUCGCCGGCGGGCGGAGUGCACCAGCGACCCAUGAGCGCCAUGAUCCGGUCGAAUCGCAGUUCCAGUCGCAUGAGCGCAAGCAGCAAGCACGGUGGCGGAAGCAGAGCCUCCGACGAGGACACCAAGACCGCCGUCAAAGUCGCAAUCCGCGUCCGCCCUCCAAUUCAACCUUCAGACCCGGGCUACGAGCUUAUUCCGCAGCGGUUCCGUGGAUCAACGUGUCACGUCACUACGCCUACUAGCUUAGCUGUCGAAUCCGCCCAGGGCAAGAAGCUCUUCAUCUUCGACCGGGUGUUUGGCGAAGACGUAGAUCAGGAAAGCAUAUGGGGCUACUUGAACGAGAGCGUGAGCUCCUUCGUCCAGGGCUACAAUGUCUCUAUCCUCGCAUACGGCCAGUCUGGCGCUGGGAAGUCGUACACAAUGGGCACCACCGGCACAAAAGAGCAGAGUGAUCCGUCGCUGAUGGGUGUCGUCCCACGUGCAGCGGCCGCCCUUUUCGAGAAGUUGACCGGGUCUUCAAGCGCCCGUCCUGGCUCCGGUGCCUGGACACCUUCGCGGUAUUCCACACAUGCUCUGCCAACGUUGCGGAGUUUAGCGAGCGCAGGAGAUAGGAAUUGGCAGUUGAAAGCAACAUACGUUGAGAUCUAUAACGAGCAAUUGCGUGACCUGCUAGUCCCAGAGAAUGUACCGCAAAGCGAGCGCACUCAAGUUAUGAUUCGGGAAGACCCCAAGGGUAGAAUCAUCCUUACCGGACUACAGCAAGUCACAAUCAAUUCCAUAGAUGACCUCCUUGGCGCACUCAACUUUGGCUCCUCUAUCCGCCAGACUGACGCGACGGCCAUCAAUGCGAAGUCCUCCCGUUCUCAUGCAGUGUUCAGCUUGAACCUGAUUCAGAAAAAGAACAAGACUCCAGCCACCCCAGUCCAAGAAAAGCGGUUUUCGGUGCCGAUAGAGGCUACGUCUAGCUUAGAGAACUCAAUAACGAUUGACAGCAAGCUUCACUUUGUGGACCUUGCGGGCAGCGAGCGCAUGAAGAAUACGGGUGCCCAAGGCGACAGGGCGAAGGAAGGCAUCUCGAUCAACGCAGGCCUCGCAAGCUUAGGCAAGGUCAUCGCGCAGCUAUCCUCUCGGGCCGCCGGUUCGCACGUCUCUUAUCGCGACUCGAGACUCACAAGAUUGCUCCAAGAUUCUCUUGGUGGCAACGCGAUUACCUACAUGGUAGCGUGCGUCAAUCCCGCCGAAUUCCACCUUAGUGAAACGCUGAAUACCGUUCAAUAUGCCCAACGAGCUCGUGCCAUUCAAAGCAAGCCACAGAUCCAGCAAGUCUCGGAUGACAGCGAUAAGCAAGCGAUGAUAGACCGCCUACGCGCCGAGGUCUCAUUCUUGAGAGACCAAAUCAGGUUGUCUGAGAGGACUGAGCGUAGAAACAAUGCACCUCAAGAGCGAGCGGAGCGGCAGCAUGAGCGCGAAGCGGAGCUGCAGAAUCAGUUACUUGACAUUCAAGAGAACUACAAUGCCCUCAGCAAACGUCAUGCGAAGCUUAUCUCCGAGAUCACCAAAGCAGGAGACAACGAGGACAAUUCCAUGCUCAAGGACACUGUUGGUAACAGCGCGGUCGAGAGACUCAAACGGUCCAAUUCUUUUGCCGAAGCUGUCGAGCAGGUUGUGCUUGAAUACGAAAAGACCAUCCAGAGCUUAGAGGCGUCUCUGUCAAAUACGCGAGGUUCGUUGGCUAGUAGCGAGAGCACCCUCAUGGAAAAGGAAACAAAGAUUACCUACAUGGAGACAGUGACUCAACAGCUUCAAGCACGGAUCCAAAAAGCGAUGGACCGAGAGGCGAAUAAUGAACAGUACCUGCACGAUCUUGAAUCUAGGAUUGAUGGCAUCACGUCUGGGGAGGAGAAAAACUCAGCCAUCAUUCAGGAGCUGCGGAGAGAGCUAAGUCGCACGCGAGAGAAUGAAACAAGCUGUGAAGAAUAUAUAUCAACUCUCGAGGAACGCUUGGCCGAGGCCGAACAAGAUCACGAGUUGAUGCAACGCGAGAUUGAUCGCCUUGAACACGUAGUCGAGCGACAACGAAGUAUUGGCAAGCUAGAUCAUCUCCUUUACGAACUCGACCAUGUCCGGCAGAACGAUGUCAUAACUGAUGGUGAGCCACUGACCAACGGACAUUCGCAAAAGGACAGCGACGAUUUCCAAUCUGUUGCAAGCUACACUCAGCCGAACGGCUAUAGCGGAGUGGACAGUGAGGCUGGCGCGCAGAAUCCGUCAAGCAACACACCGGAAGGGAGCAGAAGAGGCUCAGCAGCCGUUGAUCUAGUUGCAGAACCUCGAGAGAUGUCGCCACUCGCCACGCGUUCCAAGCAAGUCUUACCCAAUCUGCCAAGGACGCCACCCAUGAGCUCGGCUGAGCCUCCACACAGUCCGGCGCAGUCAAAGUUCGUGGCCGACAAACUCGAAACAGUCACUCAGGAACUCUUCGACCUUCGGAUGGAGCAUGAGACUGCUGUCAACGACUACGACGAGCUUGCAAGGAAGUAUGAGAUUGCGUUGAACACCUUGGCCGAGAUGCAAGAUGCUGUGGACGAAGCACGUCGUGGACCUGUACGAGUUGCUGGGUCGUCUUUUUUAGUGGACGCGGGGGUGAACGAACUCAAGGAGGAUGGACAAUCUUCAUCCUCGCGUACCUUAUCUUCGGAAUUGUCCUCGCUUGGAGAGUCUACCAAUACUCCGGAAGACUCGGUCAUCAUGGAUACUUCUAAUGCCGAGACGAUGCUAGGCAACCCGGAAGAGCAAAAUCUGCCGCAAAAGGAAGAGGCACUAGCUCAACAGAUCCGGGCGUUGAAGAGAAUGAACGCGGAGAAAGAGGAGAGCAUGGUCGAGCUUUCAGAAAACUAUGCGCAGUUGGAAGAGAGGCACCGUGACGCCCUCGAAUAUGUCGGGGAGCUGAAAGUGGAGAUCCAGCGCGUGCAGCUAGCUCGCCCUGCUUCACCUACGGUCCACGUCAUUCGACGCAAAUCAAGCCAGAAUAUCACCGCGAAUGACCGCGCGAACAGAUCAUGCGCAGCCUUGCGUACCAUCGCAACCGAAGAGUUUGAAGGGCGGCCCGACGUCAGUCAGACCUUUGAGCUUAACGUGAAUGCCGUGAUGACGGAACUGCACAUGCGCUCCGAGCGCGUACAGGCUCUUGAGGCUGAAGUGGCCGCCCAGCGAAAGGACAUGGAAGCCAAGAUGACGAUCAUCUCAGGCCUCACACGGGAGCGAUCUAGCUUGAAGUCCUCGCCGAUGGACAUUUCUGUGGUUUCUGCGAUGCGAGACCAGCUGCUUGAAAGCGAAAACCAAAUUCGCGAGCUCCAGCGGUCCCAUGCCGAUCGAGAGCGCGAGCUUCAAGAGCAAGUUAACAGCACUGACUCGAAAGAGUUGGGAUCCGGACCUACUUUGGACGAAGUCCAUGACGAGGGGAUUAGCCGCCUUCGGAGCGAGGUCGAUGAAUGGAAAGCGAAGCACUUUUCAAGUAUGGAGUCGAUGAAGGCCUCUGAGCGACAGCUUCUUACUACUAUCCACGACUUAGAGGAUUCAUUGCGUGCGUCAGCUUCUUCGCUGUCUGGAUCUCCCGAAGCCGUUGAUCAACAAGUCAGAAGUCCGGAAGUCAUCGUUACGAACACAGAUGAUGCAGAAACUAGUAACAAUGAAACCACCACAGGCUUGAAGAGGGAGCUCACCGAAUAUAAGAAACUGGCUGCCGUCAGUGCAUCGAAGUUGGCAGAGGUAGAACGGUCAUAUCACAACGUUCUGAAUCAAGUGGAAAACGACGCAGAAGCUAAAAGGCUUACCGAGAAUGAACUCCAAGCGCACCGCGACCUCAUUGCGAACCUGGAGCGCCAGAUCGAGGAACAAAAGGCUGCCGUUGCGUUGCACCAGCAAGGGUUGGACUCCCUCCGAGAAUCGCACAAAAACGAAAUCGAAGACCUCAGUGCUCGGUUGUCGGCGAGCAAGGCUGAAUCGGAACAGCGGCUUGCUGCGCAGUUGAAAGAACAGGGAGAUGCCACCGUUGCUGCCCAGGAAUUGCUCGAGAGAUAUGAAGCGGAGAUGUCCGAUCUUCUUCGAAAAGUCUCUGCUGCGCUUGGCAAAGAAAUUGACGCUACUACUAUCCAUGAGCAUGUCUUGAAUCUGUUGAAGGAACGAACUAUUCUUGUUACGCAGUACAAAGAGGCAGCGGUAAACCUGAAGAAAGCCACGGAAGAACUCGACGCUGCCCAGUCAACUGCUGUUACGCUCAGAAUCCAGCUUGGAGAUCUUCAGAUUAAGAGUCAGGCUACAUCUAAAGAGCUCGAUGCUAUUCGUGAACGGGAGAAGAAAAGCUAUCGCCUAGUCGAAGAGCUCGAGGAGCAACUCAACUCGAACUAUGACCAGCACCAUGCUGCUAGUAACAGAUUGUCUGCUCUACAGUCCGAACGACAGGUGCAACUCGAGGAAGUAUUGCAAGCGAAAGCGGAGGUUGAGAGAGAGCUUGAGGAGUCUCGGGCUAGGGUCUCGCAGCUGGAGGUUCAAUUGACAGAGGGCAGGCGAAGCUCGCGGACCUCUCAGCGAGAGUCCCUUGACCCACGAGACAUAGGGGUUAACCGACGACAUUCGGGUGACUCUAAUCUCCGCAAGAGCGCAUCGCAUACAACUUUACCCUCUCCACCACCCGCUAUACCUCUUCCACCUCUGCCAGGCGGCCCACCAAAUGCCUCGAACACACAAUCACCACCCAGCUCUCGCCACCAGAGCAAGGAUCUCGCUCAAACGCAGCUGGUCGAGGAACAGGAGGCCCGCAUCCGGACCAUCGAAAAGCAUCUCUUUGCCGAGAAGCAACUCACUGCAACACUUGAGGAAGCCUUGACUGAUCUUGAAUCGUCUAGCACCAAGACCAAGUCUGAGAUCGAAGCUUGGCGAAAGCGGUGCGCAGGUCUCGAAGAAGAACUCAACGUUAUGAAGAAGGAGCGCAAUGUCACGCGAUACUCGCUUCAGGCCGUGGAAGAGGAGCGGAACGCUCGACUACGCGUCGAGGCCGAGCGCGCUCACCUCGAGGCGCGUAUGGCUGCUCUCAACCAGGCUACCAAGAAGAAGAAGAAGAGCGCUCUCAUGUGUUUCUAA